AUUAACACCAGUUUAAUUAUUUAGUUGAUUAACGUACAAGCUAAACAAAAAUAUGUUUUUAACAAUAAUUUCUUGCAUAAUUGCAUUUAUCUUAUUAUUUUAUAUAUUUCUAAUAUGGAAUUUUGAUUAUUGGAAAAAACGGGGCAUUGUUAGUCCAAAGCCACUACCAUUUGUUGGUAACUAUCCCAGUGUUUUGACACAGAAACGUCAUAUGGCUUAUGAUUUACAAGAUAUUUAUGAAAAAUAUAAACACACCGAUAACUUUGUGGGCAUAUUUAGUUGUCGUAGUCCCCAAUUAUUGAUAACAAAUGGUGAAUUGGUGAGACGUAUUUAUAGUACAGAUUUCAAACACUUCCAUGAUAAUGAAGCUUCACGCAUGGUGGAUGACAAAUCCGACUUUCUAUUUGCCAACAAUCCGUUUUCCUUGACCGGUGAAAAAUGGAGAGAAAGGCGAGCUGAAAUAACACCUGGUCUCACAAUAAGCAGAGUCAAAACCGUUUAUCCCAUUACCCAAAGAGUUUGCAAAAAUAUGACAAAAUUUAUUGAAGAACAAAUGAAAAUGGUUGCCAAAGAUGGAAUUGAAGCUAAAGAUCUCAGUUUACGUUUCACCUCUGAAGUUGUUACCGAUUGUGUUUUGGGUCUGGAGGCCAAAAGUUUCUCACCCAAACCUUCACCCAUUAUGACAAUGAUAACACAGAUUUUCGAACAAAAUUUUAUUUUUAUAUUUUACACCAUAAUAUUGGGUUUAUUUCCAUCUUUAAGUAAUUUCAUUAAAAUACGUUUCUUCCCCAAAAAAUCUGAGGAGUUUUUCGUAAAGAUUAUGCAAGAUUCUGUAGAGCUGAGAAGAUCACAAAAAGAGCAGGGUGUGAAUGAAUCACGUGUAGACUUUUUGAAUUAUAUCUUACAGUUGCAGGAGAAAAAGAAACUGUCGACUUUGGAUUUGGCUGCACAUACCAUGACAUUUUUAUCGGAUGGUUUUGAGACAACAGGCUCAGUGCUAUCGCAUGCUUUAUUGUUGUUGGGCCGUGAUUUGGAAAGACAACAAAAGUUACGUGAGGAAAUUUUGGACACAAUUGGAGAUAAGGAAGAUUUUGAUAGCAUGAUGGAUUUGCCAUAUUUAGAUGCAUGCAUUCAUGAAACCAUACGUCUCUUUCCUCCCGGCUUCUUUUCCAAUAAACUUUGCACCGAACCCAUAGAAUUGCUCAAUAAAAAUGGCAAAUCUUUAGUUUUGUCCAAAAAUACCGUUGUAGUUUUACCUUUACAUUCCAUAAUGGUGGAUGGGGAUUAUUACACAAAUCCCAAUGACUUUGAACCUGAACGUUUCCUGGAGGAAAAUGGUGGCCUCAAGAAAUACAAAGAUUUAGGAGUGUAUUAUGGUUUUGGUGAGGGACCCAGAGCCUGUUUAGGUAUGCGUUUUGCUUUGGCCCAACUUAAGAGCGCUUUAGUGGACAUUAUGCGUCAGUUUGAAGUUCGUGUCAAUGUGAAAACCCGCAAAGAUAAUGAAUUGGAUCCCAAAUAUUUCUUAUCGCGUUUAAAUGGUGGCAUUUGGUUGGAUUUUAAGAAAAUUUAAUAGAUAAUAGAAAAAUUUAUUAAUAAAAAAUUAAUACAAAUAAAGCAUAUUAAUAUUUAUGUAAAGAUCA